AUGGCCAACGAGUUCCUUCGACAACAAGCAAACACAAUGGCACCGACAAGUUUUAGUAUGAAGUCCAUGCAACGAAACUUGCCACAAACAUCCGCAUCAAGUAUGGCAAUGAAUUGGUCGCAAGAGUUUCAACCGAGACAAAACCAACUAGCUACACAAUGGACCCAACAGUACACCGCUGGUACCACAUCCCAAGGAAUGGAAUCCGCGUGGCGUCAAGCUAUGCCUCUCUCCUCUGCUUCAAUUGCUCAUCCCCAAGAUUCUGGAAUGUGGUCUUCUGAAUAUCUUGACACCGUUGACACUUCCCUCCAACAAGGCAGCAACGCUUGGGCGGAUGACUUUUUGGGAAAUCAGGACCCAAUGGAGAAAGUGUGGGAUGGUCAGCAGGCAUUUGAACAGCGAUGGGAAGAGAUUAAGAGGGAUAUGGAGAAGGAGGAGACGAUUCAGAAUGUCGCUGGAUAUGUUUAUCAGGUAUGUUUCAUAUUUGUGAACUGGGCUGGCGUCAAGGCUGCGCAAGUCGAGGCCGCGGCCGGGCUUGGCUCAAGCCGUGAGUGGGUUACCAUGGAGUCAAUUAGUUCACAGCCUUGCCGGGAGCAUAAUUCGGUUCAAACUUUGAAUAUGGCUUGA